GUGCCGAUGUUAUCUGUACAACCCAAAGGGAAGCAGAAGGGCUGUGCUGGCUGCAACCGGAAGAUCAAGGACCGGUACCUGCUGAAGGCUCUGGAUAAGUAUUGGCAUGAAGACUGUCUAAAGUGUGCCUGCUGUGACUGUCGUCUUGGAGAGGUUGGAUCCACUCUUUACACAAAAGCAAAUCUCAUUCUUUGCCGCAGAGAUUACCUGAGGCUCUUUGGUACCACCGGGAAUUGUGCUGCCUGCAGUAAACUGAUCCCUGCCUUUGAGAUGGUGAUGAGGGCCAGAGAUAAUGUUUACCAUUUGGACUGCUUUGCCUGUCAGCUCUGCAACCAGCGAUUCUGUGUGGGAGACAAAUUUUUCCUGAAGAACAACAUGAUCUUGUGUCAGAUGGACUAUGAGGAAGGGCAGCUGAACGGGAGCUUCGAGUCCCAGGUUCAAUAACAAACCCUGCUUCGCUGAAGCGCUGUGGGAUGGGCGCUCGGCCGUGCGAGCAGCGAGGAUGCCUGUCAGCUUGCCUGCAAUAUUUUUUUAAUUCUUGGUCCAGAGAGGACUAUAUACAUUGUAGUACUUUUCCCCCCCAACACAAAGCAGUUACAAUUUUAGAUGUACAGUUGUGCCUGCUUAGCUGAGCACUGCAUUGCCUGUAUGUUUGUGAGUUUUUGGGGUCUGGGGGAGGGCUCUGUACAGUCUGUUUUCUGUAUAUAAACUGGAACAUUUAUUUUAUGAAAAAUGUAAUGCAAUUUUAUUACUGGUGUGAAUUAAAAAUUAUGAAUGUUUCCUGG